AAGCGGGUCCGUUCUCCGCGCUCGCGAAGGCGGCGCGUUCUACCCCACGGGCCCGGAGCGCGCGCCUGACCGCCUCUGCCCGGAUGGACUCCGAGACCGCUACCCAGGCGCCGACCCAGCGCUACUUCACGUGGGACGAGGUGGCGCAGCGCUCCGGGCACACGGCGGAGCGGUGGCUCGUGAUCGAUCGGAAGGUAUACAACAUCAGCGAGUUCUGCCGGCGGCACCCCGGGGGCUCCCGGGUCAUCAGCCACUACGCGGGGCAGGAUGCUACGGAUCCCUUUGUGGCGUUCCACAUCGACAAGGGCCUUGUGAGGAAGUAUAUGAACUCUCUCCUGAUUGGAGAACUGUCUCCAGAGCAGCCCAGCUUUGAGCCCACUAAAAAUAAGGAGCUGAUUGAUGAGUUCCGAGAGCUGCGGGCCACAGUGGAGCGGAUGGGGCUCAUGAAGGCCAACCAUGUCUUCUUCCUGUUGUACCUCCUGCACAUCCUGCUGCUGGACGUAGCUGCCUGGCUCACUCUUUGGGUCUUUGGGACAUCCCUUGUGCCCUUCCUCCUCUGUGCAGUGCUGCUCGGCACGGUUCAAGCCCAGGCCGGCUGGCUGCAGCAUGACUUUGGGCACCUGUCUGUCUUCAGCACCUCCACCUGGAACCACCUGCUACAUCAUUUCGUGAUUGGCCACCUGAAGGGGGCCCCUGCCAGUUGGUGGAACCACAUGCACUUCCAGCACCAUGCCAAGCCCAACUGUUUAGGCAAAGACCCAGACAUCAACAUGCACCCCCUCUUCUUUGCCUUGGGGAAGAUCCUCUCUGUGGAGCUUGGGAAACAGAAGAAAAAGUACAUGCCAUACAACCACCAGCACAAAUACUUCUUCCUGAUUGGGCCCCCAGCCUUGCUGCCUCUCUACUUCCAGUGGUAUAUUUUCUAUUUUGUUAUUCAGCGGAAGAAGUGGGUGGACUUGGCCUGGAUGAUCACCUUCUACGCCCGCCUCUUCCUCACCUACUGGCCGUUUUUGGGACUGAAAGGCGUCCUGGGCCUUUUCUUCCUGGUCAGGUUCCUGGAAAGUCACUGGUUUGUGUGGGUCACACAGAUGAACCAUAUCCCCAUGCGCAUUGAUCGCGACCGGAACAUGGACUGGGUCUCCAUCCAGCUCCACGCAACAUGCAAUGUCCACAAGUCUGCCUUCAAUGACUGGUUCAGUGGACAUCUCAACUUCCAGAUUGAGCACCAUCUUUUCCCCACGAUGCCUCGACACAAUUACCAUAAAGUGGCUCCCCUGGUGCAGUCCCUGUGUGCCAAGCACGGCAUAGAGUACCAGUCCAAGCCCCUGCUCGCAGCCUUCGCCGACAUUAUCUACUCACUGAAGGAGUCUGGGCAGCUCUGGCUAGAUGCCUAUCUUCACCAGUAACAA